UGAUGAACACAUGCUUGGCGUAGCGCUCACGGAGCAGCUUGAUGAGCCGCCCCGUCGGCGCGCGCCCGCCCCUGACGGAGAUGGGGGAGCCGCCCUGCCCUCCCUGGAAGGCCCACGAACCCCACCCCACCACCACCUCCUCCUUGGGCCUGCCGCCCGUGAGCUGCUUGGCGACGCGGUGGAGCGCGCGGUCGCGCUGGAUGAACGCAGCCCAGCGCUUUCGGCGGAAGGCGGAGAAGUGGUAGUGCCACAGCGGCUUGCCCCGGACGCGGCUGGGUGCUCCGCUACGCAGCUCGGUGCGCAGUGCUCGCCGUCCCCAGCAAACACCCCUGCCAGCAACUGCAGACCGACACAGCACCCUGCCGGUUCCAGGGCACGAAUAACCAGGGUGGCCAGGCUGAGCGCUCGCUGUUUGGAACCAACACUUCGCCUACAUGCUUAUGGCAAAGCAAAACCCAACACCACACACAAGUGUACACCAACAAAAAUCAAAACUUUUGCUGUGUGUGAGUGGAGGGGCCCACGGAUCGGGUUAACACCACCUGGCACGCGUGUGGGGACAGAGUGACAGGUCCACGUAGCACGGCGUCCACUGAUGGGGUCUCGCUCUGAGUGUGCUUCAGGCUGUGCUGAGACAGACGGCUGAAAGGGGAAGAGUUAUCGAGAUAGCGCUGGGGCUGUAGAUAAUAUCGAAACAACGGUUUGAUAGAUUGAGAUGCAGAAGCGUAGCAGCGGAAGGUAGAAAGCGGGGAGGUACCAAGCACGGUAACCACCUGCGUGUCAACGGCUGACACGAACCCAAGUAACCCGAGCCUUCAGUUCGCCAAGGGAGGCGAGGGAGAGUAAGGGGGAGAGAGAUAGCGCGAGGGGGUGAGGAUCCCUGCGAAUGGGAGACAAGGGGAGAAGGGGCUGUUGCGCUGCCGAGCUGGGGUUAGCUGGACUGAGGCGCUGCAGGCUGCGUGCUCAGAGGCACGAGGGGAAACCGAGGGAAACCGGCGCUCAGAGCGCAAGAGGCACAGGGGCCAGGCAAGUCGCACUCAACGACUUACCGUGUGGUCACUUUGGACCGGUGGGGAUACUCAGAGCUUGCUUGCUUAGUUCGCAGCGUGUGUCUGGUUCCUUCUCUACCCUAGCACGACCGCCAUCUGAUAUACUAGCCCAGCGGCCCAACGCUCCAGGGAAGGUACGACGCGUUGACCUUUGACUCUUGACCAAACAUUUGACUUUGACCAGGCCGGACGGGGCCGGACUUUGACCCAUGCGACUGCACGUGCACCAAGUCCGCACGCGGCCAUGCAACUGCACAUGCACACCUCCACUUCAACUCCUGUUGUUGUUGGUUACAAGGUGGUGUGCACGAGCAUGCGUGCUAUCCUGUCCCCGUACUCGGUACUUGGAGUUAGAAUUUUACCACCUAUGCCGGUACACAUCAUGAUUAUGACACCAAAAAAUAACCCGAUGUUUGUGGAGGAGAGCAGGCUUUCUUAUGGGGCAGUGGGGAGGCACAGGCGUGUGUGCGGCGAAGGAGGAUAGCAUGGAGAGGGUGUCGAGGGGAGGGGAUGUUGAGGGGAGGCGUACAAGAGCGAACAAGAAGAAGUGCUUUGCAAGUUCGUUCGUGUAAAUGUACGCUACU